GAUGGCGGCGCUGAGGGCUCUGUGCAGCCUUCGGGGCGUCACGGCCCAGGUGCUGCGGCCGGGGUCUGGGGUCAGACUGCCGAUUCAGCCCAGCAGGUGAGACCGAGAGAAGCCUUCGACGCGCUUUCCCUAAGAGGGGCUCGGCAGUGGCAGCCAGAUGCGGAAUGGGCAAAACAGUUUGGAGGAGCUGUCAUGUACCCCACCAAGGAAACAGCCCACUGGAAGCCUCCACCUUGGAACGAUGUGGACCCUCCAAAGGACACAAUGGUGUCGAACCUGACUUUGAACUUUGGACCCCAGCACCCGGCAGCCCAUGGAGUCCUACGACUAGUGAUGGAAUUGAGUGGGGAGAUGGUACGGAAGUGUGACCCUCACAUCGGGCUGCUGCACCGAGGCACUGAAAAGCUCAUUGAAUACAAGACCUAUCUACAGGCCCUUCCAUACUUUGACCGGCUAGACUAUGUGUCCAUGAUGUGUAAUGAACAGGCCUACUCACUAGCUGUGGAGAAGUUGCUGAACAUCCAGCCUCCACCCCGAGCACAGUGGAUUCGAGUGCUGUUUGGAGAAAUCACACGUCUUUUGAACCACAUCUUGGCUGUGACCACACAUGCCCUGGACAUUGGGGCCAUGACCCCUUUCUUCUGGAUGUUUGAAGAAAGGGAGAAGAUGUUUGAGUUCUACGAGCGAGUGUCCGGGGCUCGAAUGCAUGCUGCUUAUGUCCGGCCAGGAGGAGUGCAUCAGGACCUACCCCUUGGGCUUAUGGAUGACAUCUAUAAUUUUUCUAAGAACUUCUCUCUUCGGAUUGAUGAGCUGGAGGAGAUGCUGACCAACAAUAGGAUCUGGCGAAAUCGGACGGUUGGCAUUGGGGUUAUAUCAGCAGAGGAAGCACUUAACUAUGGUUUUAGUGGGGUGAUGCUCCGGGGCUCAGGCAUCCAGUGGGACCUGCGGAAGACCCAGCCCUAUGAUGUAUAUGACCAAGUAGAGUUUGAUGUCCCUAUUGGCUCUCAUGGGGACUGCUAUGAUAGGUACCUAUGUCGGGUGGAAGAGAUGCGCCAGUCCCUUCGAAUCAUCUUACAGUGUCUGAACAAGAUGCCUCCUGGGGAGAUCAAGGUUGAUGAUGCCAAAGUGUCUCCUCCUAAGCGAGCAGAAAUGAAGACUUCCAUGGAGUCACUGAUUCAUCACUUUAAGCUGUAUACUGAGGGCUACCAGGUUCCUCCAGGAGCCACAUACACUGCCAUUGAGGCUCCUAAGGGCGAGUUUGGGGUAUACCUAGUAUCUGAUGGCAGUAGCCGCCCAUAUCGAUGCAAGAUCAAGGCUCCUGGUUUUGCCCACCUGGCUGGUUUGGACAAGAUGUCUAAGGGACAUAUGUUGGCAGACGUCGUUGCCAUCAUAGGUACUCAAGAUAUUGUGUUUGGAGAAGUAGAUCGGUGAGCAGGGAACAGCAUAUGAUCUUUGCUUAACAACUUUCCGAUUGGAAAUGUGUGUAUGUGUGUCUGUGUGUGUACAUACUUGUACACCUAGCUCGCAGGCUUUCUGUGUGUAUACUAGAAAAAGAAAUUAUAAUAAAUUAGCCGCCUUGCGGCCCCUAUGCCCAAA